UUCUUGCUAGCACGGCAAUGUGGCUAAAUCAGUGAAACAUGUCUCAGUUCUCUCGAAAACAGAAUUCGUGUUGUAAUAGUGCAAGUUCUAUAUCACUGAAAUUUUAUGGUUUUGGCUUCAAAUGAAAAUUUAACAACAUGCCAAAUUCCAUGUGUGAAGUUGAGCUAUGUAAGGAAAGAGAUAAUAUGUUAAGGAAGUCCACAAUAACGUGAAGCAGUCUCAUGACAAAGCCUGGACUGUGAGCUGCUCAGUAUAUAUCGUAAGAUCCGUCUUUGUCUCCGUUAGCACGAGACAUAACAGCAACUGGCUUCAGGCUGUCUGCGGCGGACCACUGUCUGGGCGGUCUGGGCGAUAAGUGCUAUGAUGGAUGUGCCGAGGGCUUCAGUGGAAUAUCUCGGAAUGGCUAUGCGGAGGUUUGGACCAGCCGAUUACGUCGUGUUUGUGUCAAUGCUCCUGGUUUGUGCCAUGAUUGGUGUUUACUAUGGUUUCUGCACGGGAAAAUUGUCAGAGGCAGAUUAUCUGAUGGGGGGGCGCAAUAUGCAGACCUUUCCUGUGGCUAUGUCACUCAUUGCAAGCUUCAUCUCUGGCAUCACAUUACUAGGGACGCCGACAGAGGUCUAUGUCUACGGGAUACAGUAUGUGUAUAUAGUAGGGGGAGUCCUUGCAAUGGGGAUCACUAUGGGCUCGGCCUAUCUCCCAGUGUUCCAUGAUCUCCAGUUGACAUCCACAUAUGAGUACCUGGAGAAGAGGUUCAACAAACAUGUUCGUCUCUUCGGUUCAUUCCUGUUUUCCCUCGCACUUGUAACAUGGCUGCCAAUUGUAAUAUAUGUUCCUGCACUGGCAUUUAACCAGGUAACUGGAGUCAAUGUGCACAUAAUUACACCUGCUGUCUGCAUUGUCUGCAUCUUUUAUACAUGUGUGGGUGGUCUCAAGGCUGUUGUUUGGACAGACGUGGUUCAGACAUUGAUUAUGUUUGGUGCCAUGGUGUUUGUCAUUAUUAAGGGGACCAUUGAUGUUGGCGGAUUAAGAGUUGUCUGGGAACGUAACUAUGAAAGUGGCCGCAUUGAAGCUCCUAUCUGGGACUUGAACCCUGCAACUCGCCACACUGUAUGGGUGUUGGUGAUUGGAGGGUUCGUACAUUGGCUGCAGGGCAGCGCAAUGAAUCAGUAUCAGUUACAGCGGUACCUAGCUCUGCCAACACUCAAAGGGGCAAAGAAUGCACUGUGGUUAUUCGUGAUGGGAGCAUCAAGCUUCAUAUUCUUAUGCAGCUACAGUGGCAUGUUGGUAUUUGCUACGUAUUAUAAAUGUGACCCUCUCACAACAAAGUUAGCAGUGGCAAAGGACCAGCUCCUUCCAUUGCUGGUGAUGGACACUCUCAAGGAUUUGCCAGGUGUGCCAGGACUGUUUGUGGCUGGUGUGUUCAGUGCUGCCCUAAGCUCCAUGUCAACUGGUCUGAACUCAAUGGCAGCAGUUGUUCUGGAAGACUUUUACAAGACUUGGUUCUCCCAUAAGCUGUCUCCACGACAGACUGAUAUUCUUAUGAAGACAGUAGUGGUAGUUGUGGGCACAGUGUGUGUUGGGCUGGUAUUUGUUGUGGAAAAGCUGGGUGCUGUUUUGCAGAUGUCCAUGAGUUUGAGUGGUAUUACGCAUGGUGCCUCCCUUGGAAUUUUCAGCAUGGGACUUUUCUUACCAUGGGUUAAUUCUAAAGGGGCGCUGGCUGGUGGAGUGGCGUGUUUGGGAUUUAUGUCCUGGGUGUGCCUGGGGACUCAGGCAGCUAUUGCUGCAGGAGAUAUAAAUUUUCAGACAAAACCUGUCUCUGUUGAAGGUUGUACUUAUGACUUUGUGACACCAGCACCUGCUGUGAUUAACUCAACUAUGGAACCACAUAAAGAUGAAGUUUUUGCCUUGUAUCGGAUGUCAUAUCUGUGGUACACACUUCUGGGAACCAUGGUAUCAAUGUCUGUGGCACUCAUCGCUAGUGUCUUUACGAAUCCAACUGAUCCUGCUUCUCUAGACCCAAGGCUUCUUAGUCCUGUAAUUCGACGCUUUCUGCCAAAGAAAAACGUAAAGCAACAGGAUGUUGACAUGGCUCUUCUCAGUGGCUACAAGCCUUGAUUGCCAUGUGAAGUAGUAAACAAGAAUUCUUUCCUCAUAAUUUCCUUAUCUUCUGAAAAUUUUGCUAUAUCUAUAUAUGAAAUCAGCCGUGAAAUCACCUCACUGGGUCUCAGAGCAAGAAAAAGGGUCAAGAAAAUCCAAAUUACACAAUCAUUAAGAAAGCAUGUCUCAAGGAAUUCAGAAGAAUUUUGUUCUGUGGGGUAAAUAGGGUUUACUAGAAGUUGGUGAAUUUAAUUCUGUUUAAUAUAUAAUCCAUAUUGGACUGAUGCACAAUCUUAUGUAGAUGGCAACGGGAUGUGUGACUUUUAUUUGUAAUACAGUGGAACCUCGCUUAACGAGAAUAAUUCGUUCCAGAAUCUUACUCAUAAUGCAAAACACUCGUUAAGCAA